AUGGCGCGCGCGCAGUACGACGCCGACCAGCUGGCGCAGUGCCGGCGCUCGCUGCUGCUGGCGGUGCAUGUGGCGCCGAAUAACGCCGCCCUGCGCUUCAACGUGGCGGUGGCACUGCAGAAGAUGGCCGUGACUGUGCUCAAGCAGGAGAAGCGCACAGCAGAGCAGGUUCGCAAGGUGGUUUCGGACUUGAAGACUGCCCUCCGUCUCUUCUCUCAGCUGGCAACACGGGGAGUGCAGGGGUCACAGGGGGGUGUCGACAAGAAGAAAGCCAACUCGCACCUCGAGUACUGCCAGCAUGUGCUCAGCUCAGCCAAGCAACAUCUGCAGGUAGCUGAGAGGGAGGAGCAGCAGCGCAAGCAACGGGCGGAGGCAGAGAGGCAGGUGGCGGAGGCAGAGGCGUCCAGGAAGAGAGCAGAGGAGGAUAAGCUGCUGGAGGCGGAGAGGCAGAGGAGGGAUGAGGAGGAGAGGCGGCUGAAGCAGCAGGAGGAAGAGAUCAAGCGCCGCAUG